AUGGCCGUAUAUCUCCGUUGUUCGAUUGCUCAUCCCCCGGCUUGCACACCGCGUGUUUGGCAUCUCUGCCCGGGUUUCGCCCGGCCGGGUGGGCGCAACAGUAUCGAAGCCGUCUGUCGGCUGUGGGACCGAAUAGAGUCAGAGAUCAGGAGAGGGCUUGGGGAUGAGCUGGACCGAGCGAAGCGUGUCUGGAUGAAGAACGCCCUACGCACGGGCGAGGACAGCCAUAUCCACGGACAGUGGCGCGAGCUUAAGGCGAAAACCAGGAGCCUGGUGGCACGAAUAGACCGCCUGGAGGCGCAGAUGGAGCGGCAGCAGACGCGGGACAAGAAGGCCCGCGUACAGGCCGCGAGGUCCAUGCUGAAGCGCCGGAGCGGGGUAACCCGGGGCCACAGGAAGGUCACGCAGAUGGACUCCGCGGAGAAUCUACGGACUUCGACCGUGUCUUCGAGCAAGCGUCUCGCCAUCAUCCGCAGCAGCCUCAACGCUAAGUUCUCGCUGCACCAGCAGGGGGGUAGGCGCGUGGAGCGGACGGGCAACAGGGUCAUCGGUGAGAUGGACGCGCGCAUGGUGAUCCGAGGGGAGUUUCCGGACGCGCCGCCCGAUGAUGGUAGCGAGGGAGCAGCGGCAGGGACAUCAUCAGCGGCAAUCUCCGUGGUGCGGUCUACGAAGCGCUCGAGAGCCCUGAUAUACACCGGCGACCUCGGCAGGUAGCACAAGCAAGUGUCAGCGGUGCACAGUACAGGUGGCCCUGGCCACGCUGGUUUGUGUAGUAUGCGGUGCCCCGCGCUCUCAUCAUCAUCGUUUCCAAUUCCCCCGAUUGUUUGUGGUCUGUGAAUGUCAGUGUCCUUGAUCCGAGAGGGCUGAAUAGUUCCUAAGAGGUGUGCCAGUGAGAGUUUCCCGCGAAAUACCGGUGUGGUUUGUUGUCACGGGGGGGGUAUGUGGUAAUGGCGAGGAGGAAAACUGUUGAGAAGGUGCGUAACGUGUGUUGGUUUGAGGUAUAACCGAUUGUUC